AUGGGGUCCAUUCCAAUCGUCCAGCCCAGGAUCCGGAUUGCAAUUGACCGGGGCGGCACCUUUACCGAUGUCCAUGCCUAUGUGCCAGACACGAGCCAUGAGCAAGUCUUCAAACUUCUCUCAGUCGACCCCAAGAACUACAAGGAUGCCCCAACCGAAGGCAUCCGACGCGUGCUCGAGACUUUCAGGGGCACGAGGUUGCCACGAGAUGAGCUCAUUGACACAUAUGACAUUGAGUCUAUCCGCAUGGGAACCACGAUUGCCACCAACGCUCUCCUCGAGAGGCAGGGCGAGCGGGCGGCACUCUUGACAACAAAGGGCUUCCGAGACCUCCUUGUCAUCGGUAACCAGGCUCGGCCGCAUAUCUUUGACCUCUCGGUGCGGAAGCUCGAGAAUCUUUACGAAGAGGUGAUUGAGGUGGACGAGCGAGUGACGAUGGAGGAGUUUCUUGAGAAUCCUGAAAAAGAGCCUAUUGACAUCAGCAAGGAUUCAUCACUUGUCGAAAGCCUGACAGGCGAGAUAAUUCGCGUUCUCAAAGUCCCAGAAAUGGACGUCGUUAGGGGACAACUAGAGCGGCUAUAUGACGAGGGCUACAGGAGCAUAGCCGUCUGUUUCAUGCACGCCUAUCUCUAUCCGGACCAUGAGAACAAGGUCGCCAAGCUUGCCCGAGACAUGGGAUUCGACGUCUCGGUAUCAUCAGAGCUUCAACCAACGAUUAAGAUGGUCCCUCGAGGAAAUUCGGCCAUUGCUGACGCCUACCUCUCACCGAUGAUUAAGAGAUACGUCGAAAGCUUUGGCACUGGCUUCAGGGGUGGCGUAGAAGCCAUUGCUAGAAAGCUUCUGUUCAUGCAAAGCGAUGGCGGUCUCUGUCUCUGGCAAAACUUCUCCGGCCUUCGUGCGAUCCUGUCGGGACCCGCUGGAGGAGUCAUUGGAUAUGCCAAAUCCUGCUUCGACGACGUUGAGAACCGGCCUCUUCUAGGAUUUGACAUGGGAGGCACCUCGACGGAUGUUAGCAGGUUUGCAGGCACAUACGACCAUGUCUUUGAGACCGAGACCGCCGAGGUAACGCUUCAGGUGCCUCAACUGGACAUCAAUACAGUGGCUGCUGGCGGAGGAAGCAUUCUUCACUGGAAGAACGGCCUCUUUGCCAUCGGACCAGACUCUGCAGGAGCGCAUCCGGGCCCAGUGUGCUACCGCAAGGGAGGUCCGCUCUCCGUAACCGAUGCUAACCUGUUCCUCGGUCGACUUCUCCCAGAGUACUUCCCGGCCAUCUUCGGCCCGAACGAAGAUGAGCUGCUGGACUAUGAAGCAACAGCCAAAGCCUUUACAGAGCUUACGCGAGACAUCAACUCUGAAGACGGCUUGAAUUUCACGGCGGAGGAGGUGGCGAGUGGCUUUCUUCGCGUCGCCAACGAGAGCAUGAGCCGACCCAUUCGCGCCCUAACCGAAGGGAGAGGCAUCAGGACAAGCGAUCACACUCUCGUCACGUUUGGAGGUGCCGGAGGUCAACAUGCCUGCGACGUUGCCGAAGCCUUGGGCAUCGAACAGGUCGCUAUUCACCGCUUCUCGUCCAUCUUGUCAGCGUAUGGAAUCGCUCUGGGUGACUUAACCCACGAGAUGCAGCGCCCCAAAACGGACAGCCUGAACAACAUUCAGAACCACUUUGAGGCCGAGUUUAAGCCCCUGAUCGAUGAGGGUAGCAGGGCGCUCAUCCAGCAAGGGUUUCCCGCCCAAGAUGUCGAAUUGGAGCUGUUUCUGAACUUGCGAUACGCAGGCACAAACAGCUCACUGAUGAUCCGAAAGCCUACCGGCUCUUGGGACUUUGCUUCAGUCUUCACUCGUCAGCAUCACGAGGAAUUUGGCUUUACGCUCGAGCGUGAUAUCCUCGUCGAUGACAUUCGUGUGAGAGCUCUCGGCAAAACGAGGGGUCACAACUUUGAGACCAUCUCCCAGGCGCUCAAGUCUGCGCCGACGAACAACCUCUCGUCUGGGAAGAGCGUCAAGAAGACCAAGCUGUACACGGGAGGCAUCUGGUGCGACGCUAACUUGUACAAGCUCGAUGAUCUUGCCCCUGGAGAUCGCGUCGAGGGGCCUUCAGUCAUCCUCGACCAGACACAGACGAUUCUCGUGCAGCCCUCCUGGUUGGCGACCGUCCUUCCUCGCCAUCUUGUCCUGGAGAAGGCCGCACAGUCCAAGAUUAAGGCGACAGAGGAGGCCGAGGACCAUAUUGACCCCAUUCAGCUGUCCGUCUUUGGUCACCGUUUCAUGAGCAUUGCCGAACAGAUGGGCCGCUCACUCGAAAAGACGUCGGUGUCGAUCAACAUCAAGGAGCGUCUUGACUACUCGUGUGCCAUCUUUUCAUCAAGCGGUGGACUCGUUGCCAACGCUCCUCAUAUUCCAUGCCAUCUAGGGGCCAUGAGCUUCGCCGUCGCCUACCAAGCUGAGCUAUGGGGUAACCGACUUCGUCCAGGCGACGUCCUCGUCUCCAAUCAUCCCGCUGCGGGUGGCUCCCAUCUCCCCGACGUCAAUGUAAUAACGCCCGUCAUUGAAGAGGGAACAAACAAUGUCUUGUUCUGGGUCGCUUCCCGGGCUCACCACGCCGAUAUUGGCGGAAUCUGCGCGGGUUCGAUGCCACCGCAUUCCAAGGAGAUUUGGCAGGAGGGUGCUUCUUUCCACUCGUUCAAGCUCAUCGAACAAGGGCGGUUUAAUGAAGAAGAACUUCGCGAAAUUAUGCUUGAGAAGCCUGCCAGGUAUCCCGGAUGCACUGGGACGAGGACGUGGAGCGACAAUGUCAGUGACCUCAAAGCCCAAGCUGCGGCCAAUCUGAAAGGCAUUCGCUUGAUCCAAGACUGUAUCAAGGAGUAUGGCCUAAGUACUGUUCAAAAAUACAUGAACGGCAUCCAAACCAAUGCCGAGAAGAUUGUUCGCAGUCUCCUCCGCAAAGUUCACGAUGAGUUCAGCGGCCUUCCCCUCGAAGCUGUUGACUACCUGGACGACGGCUCCAUGAUGUGUCUGAAGAUUCAUAUUGACCGCGAACAAGGCUCAGCGACGUUUGACUUUACAGGCACAACAGGCGAGCUGUAUGGUAACCUGAAUGCGCCCCGUGCCAUUACCUUCAGCGCAAUCAUCUACGUCCUGCGGUCUCUCGUCAAUGAGGACAUUCCUCUCAAUCAGGGAUGUCUUGCACCUAUCGAAGUCAUUCUACCAGAGGGCACGUUUCUGUCGCCGUCCAGUGGUGCUGCUACUGUUGGCGGCAACACCGAUACCUCGCAGCGUGUCACCGACUUAGUCCUCCAGGCUUUCCAAGCCGCGGCCGCUAGCCAGGGAACUUGCAACAACCUAACCUUUGGAUAUGGAGGUGAGCUUGUGGAUGGCAAGGUCAAACCUGGUUUCGGAUACUAUGAGACCAUAGCAGGAGGCUCUGGUGCAGGCCCAAGUUGGGUAGGUCAGUCCGGAGUCCACGUCCACAUGACUAACACGCGCAUCACGGACCCCGAGUCUCUCGAGAAGCGGUAUCCUUGCAUUCUCCGUGAGUUUUCCAUCCGCAAGGGCUCAGGCGGUGCAGGCAUUCACCCUGGUGGAGAUGGUUGCAUCCGUGAUAUCGAGUUCCGACGACCGGUCCAGGUGUCGGUUUUGAGCGAGCGGAGAACGAUCCCGCCUCCGGGUAUCCAAGGAGGAGGGCCGGGGAAGCGGGGAGAAAACAUAUGGAUUAGGCAUGAUGAGUAUGGGACUCGUGAGAUUAUGCUUGGUGGCAAGAACACUUGUGAGAUGAAGAAGGGCGAUCGAAUCAUCAUCCGAAGCCCAGGUGGUGGUGGCUACGGAAAGUCAGAUUAA